AUGGAGAGCUUCCAGCUGCGGUGCGCGUUCCCCAAGCGGUACGACACGGGCCCGCUCAAGCUCGACGACAUCCCCGACCUGCGCCCCGACGACAAGACGGCGCGCGUCCUCCUCGCCUACCGCCAGUCGCUCACCCGCCUCGACGCCUUCCUCGCCCGCCUUCCUGUCGGCCUGCGCCGCCGCGUCGUGUCCGACACCGAGGGCGUCGAGUCGCUCGGCCUUACGUGGAAGCUCCUGUGGCACUUCUGGCCCGCCCUCAUCGCCCAGAACCUGUACUCGCUCGUGCGCGUCGCGAUGAACGGCAUCCCGCCGCUCAUGCUCAAGGGCAUCCUCGCUCACAUCGGCGCCCGGAACCGCGGCGAGAACGCGCCUAUCCACGUCGCCGUCCUGUACGCGUGGGUCCUGUUCCUCGCGACGGUCGUCGGGAGCGUCGGGAGCAGCCAGGCGCUCUUCAUCGGUCGGCGAGUUUGUCUGCGGCUUCGCUCGAUCAUCGUCGGCGAGGUCUUCACCAAGGCGCUGCGCCGCAAGGACCAGGCCGGCUCGGCCGCACCUGCCGUCGGCGAGGGCGAGGAGGCGGCGGCACCGGGCGAGUCGACCACGCCGGGCCAGGACAAGGCCGACCUCGAGCAGCUCGAGGCCGACCUGCAGAAGGCGUCGUCGGGCAAGAUCAUCAACCUCGUCAGCGUCGAUGCCUAUCGUCUUUCGGAAAUCUGCGCCUACCUCCACUUCAUCACGAGCGAGAUGCCCCUCACCAUCGUCGUCAUCUGCUGGCUGCUCUGGAGGCUGCUCGGCGUCGCGGCCAUCGUCGGUAUCAGUGUCCUCGUCGCCAUCAUGCCCAUCACGGCCUACAUCUCGAAGCUCUACCUCCGGUACCAGGACGAGCUCCUUCACGCGGCCGACCAGCGCCUCGAGCUCACGACCGAGGUCAUCAGCCAGUUGCGCAUCGUCAAGUUCUUCGCCUGGGAGCACAAGUUCAUCGAGAUGAUGGAGGUCGCCCGCAAAAAGGAGCUCGCCGCCGUCUGGCGCCGCCAAGUCGCCGUCACGGUCGGCUGGAACCUGACCUUCGGCACGCCGGUUCUCGUCGGCAUCGUCACGUUCGUGACGCAGACCAAGGUCCUCCAUCGUCCGCUCACGGCCGAGACGGCCUUUACCGCCCUCGCCCUGUUCACCGUCUUGCGCGGCCCGCUCGAGGGCUUCACCGACAUGCUCGUCAACGUCCUGCAGGCCCACGUCAGCCUCGUCCGCAUCGACGGAUACCUGCACGAGGAGGAGACGCACAAGUACAGCAUCCUCGCCGAGCCGUCCACCGCCGAGGACCCCGUCAUCGGCUUCGUCGACGCCAGCUUUACGUGGUGCGACGAGGAACGCGCCAAGUCGGACUCGAGCGUGUUCCGGGUUCGCGACCUCAACCUGCGCUUCCCCGAGGGCAAGUUCAGCAUCGUCCUCGGUCCAGUUGGGUCGGGCAAGAGCACGCUCCUGUCCUCGCUCCUCGGAGAGACGAACCGCCUGUCCGGCUCGGCUUUCCUCCCCUCGCCCGUCGUCCGCACGACCAACGCCGACCCAGCUCGCCUCACCGACACGACCGCCUACGCCGCACAGUCGCCCUGGCUCAUGUCGGCGACGAUCCGCGACAACAUCCUGUUCGGCUCGCCGCUCAACGCCAAGCGGUACCAGGCGACGCUCGAGGCGUGUGCGCUUGCGCCAGACCUCAAGCAGCUCGAGCUCGGCGACGAGACCGAGGUGGGCGAGAAGGGCACGGUGCUGUCGGGCGGUCAAAAGGCCCGACUCAGCCUCGCUCGCGCCAUCUACUCGUCGGCCAAGUACGUCCUCCUCGACGACGUCCUGUCGGCGGUCGACUCGCACACGGCGCAGCACCUCGUCGAGAAGUGCCUCACGGGCCCGAUCAUGCGCAAGCGCACCUGCGUCCUCGUCACGCACGCCGUCGACCUGUGCCUCCCGUACGCGGCCUUUGUCGUCACGCUCGACCAAGGCGUCGUCGUCUCGGCCGGCGCACCCGACGACCUCUCGUCGUCGCGCCUCCUCGCGCUCGACAAGGAGCAGCAGGCGUAUGAGGCGGCCCAGGCGUCGGCUUCGGCCAUCACGAUCGAGGGUCUCGCCGACGGUGACACGUCCAGCGCCGUCGACAAGCACCAGGAGGACGAGCGGCGCAAGCGCGUCGAAGCCCUCAAGCUCAUCAAGGAGGAGACGCAGGCGCAGGGCUCGGUCAAGGGCGAGGUGUACCUCCUCUACAUCAAGGCUCUCGGCGCGUGGAAGUUUGUCGUCAUCGCGUUCCUCAUCUUUGUGGGCGCCCAGCUGUCCGACAUCGCCGUCUCGCUCGCGCUUCGUUACUGGGCCGGCUCGUUUGACAACAAGGAGCGCUUCCACGUGGUUGUCGCCUCGACCGUCAAGAACUCGGUCGGUCGGUGGACGGGCUUCCCGCUCGUCGUCGGCCAGUACCUGCACCCGGUCACCGGCGGCAACGUUCGCGCCGUCGGCUUCUUCGACGACCGCAAGAACGAUCCCGACUUUUGGCUCGCGACCUACUGCGUCGUCGCCGUCAUCAACCUCGUCCUCAGCGCCGGUCGGGUCGCCUACUUCUCGUGGGCCGGCAUCGGCGCAAGCCGCAAGAUCUACCGCCAGCUCAUCGUCCGCAUCCUGCGCGCGCCGAUCCGCUUCUUCGACUCGACGCCGACUGGCCGCAUCCUCAACCGCCUCUCGAAGGACAUGGAGACGAUCGACCAGGAGCUUCCCGGCACCUGCCUGUACCUCACGCUCGAGGUCCUCAUGAUCAUCGGCAUCGUCGGGACCGUCUCGGCGGCGCUGCCGUCGUUCCUCCUCGCCGGCAUCUUCAUCUCCAUCUUCUACUUCUACCUCGGCAAGAUCUACCUCGCCUCGUCUCGCGAGCUCAAGCGUUUCGAGUCGGUCACGCGCUCGCCCAUCUUUUCCGUCUUUGGCGAGUCGCUGCAGGGCGUCGCGACUAUCCGGGCCUACGGCGACGCGAGUCGGUUCAUGCGCAAGAUCUGCGCCCUCGUCGACGAGAACAACCGGCCGUUCUUCACCCUCUGGGCCGUCAAUCGCUGGCUGUCGUUCCGGGUCGACGCUGCUGCCGGCGUCGUCUCGCUCGUCGCCGCCCUGUUCGUCAUCUUCGCCCGCAAGAUGGACCCUGCCCUCGCCGGCUUCGUCAUGUCGUUCGCCAUGGCCUUUGCCGACCGCGCCCUGUGGACGACGCGCAUGUGGUCCCAGCUCGAGAUGCAGGCCAACUCGAUCGAGCGCGUCCAGGAGUACCUCGAGCUCGAGCAGGAGAACCAGGGCGGCGUCAAGCCUCCCGCCAUCUGGCCUGCUCGCGGCGCCACGAUCGAGGUCAAGGGCCUCACGGCGUCGUACGCGCCCGAGCUGCCGGCCGUCCUCAAGGACGUCUCGUUCACGGUCCAGGGCGGCGACAAGAUCGGCAUCGUCGGGCGCACGGGCUCGGGCAAGAGCUCGCUCGCGCUGAGCUUCUUCCGGUUCAUCGAGCCGACGAGCGGCAACAUCUCGAUCGACGGCCUCGACAUCAACUCGCUCGCGCUCGACGACCUACGCAGCCGAUUGACGAUCGUCGCUCAAGAGGCGGCCCUGUUCAAGGGCUCGCUGCGGUUCAACCUCGACCCGUUCGGCCAGCACUCGGACCGCGACGUGUGGGACUCGCUGCGCCGGGUCCAGAUGGCGGCGCCCGGCGUCAGCGGCAUCACGCCCAAGCCCACGCCGGGCCCGAGCCGGGCGGUGAGCCCCGACCCGAGCGAUUCGGAGGCGUCGACGGCGGCGGUCGAGGAGACGGAGCGCUACGUCGUCAAGUCGCUCGACAUGGACGUGACCGAGGGCGGCAAGAACUUCUCGGCCGGUCAGCGUCAGCUGCUCGCCCUCGCACGCGGAAUCCUCAAGCUCAAGUCGUCGAGCAUCCUCAUCCUCGACGAGUCGACUGCGAGCCUCGACCACGCGACCGACGAGCGCAUCCAGCAGACGAUUCGGGCCGAGAUGGCCGACGCGACCAUCCUCUGCAUCGCUCACCGCCUUCGGACGAUCAUCGACUACACGAAGGUCCUCGUUCUCGACCAGGGUCGCGUCCUCGAGUACGACACGCCGUCCGCGCUCCUCGCUCGCGACGACUCGGCGUUCGCGGCCUUGUGCCGCAAGUCGGGCGAGUUCGAGCUGCUCAAGGAGAUGGCCGACAAGGCGCAGCGAGGUGCGAGCGGGUCCGAGGGCGCCAAGUAGAGCUUUCCUCUCGUCGCGCACUUUUGGGUAGAAUCUAUCUCGGUGUGUGAUAUGCAGCAUAGAUUGGGCUGCUCU